AGUUUAGAUAAGCUGUAAGGAUUUGUGAUUGUUUUGUUUCUGUUUUGUUCACGAAUUUUAUGUUGAUUAUGUAAAAGAAAGGGAGAACGACCAAAGGAAAUGUUUACUGUACGUAGUUUAGCAACAAAAAUGGGUAGUGACAUAAAGGCGUUAAAAGCAGCGUUGCGGAAAGAGGUCGAAGAAAAAUUAGGACAACUUACUCCUCAAGAAAGACAGAGGCAAUCCCAGAUAGUAAGAGAAAAGUUGUUUGGUCUAAACCAAUUUAAAGACGCAAGGAAUAUAUCCCUUUAUCUUAGUCUUGAUACUGAAAUUGACACUGAACCAAUUGUUAGGAAAAUCUUUCAAGAUCGAAAACGAUGCUUUGUUCCAAGGUAUAAUAAGAAGGUAAUGGAAAUGGUCGAAUUACAUUCUAUGGAAGAUUGGACCAACUUACCUGUCACCAAGUGGAAUAUUAAGCAGCCGUCAUUUAAAGAUGAAAGAAAGAAUGCUUUAGACGAAGGUCUCGAUCUGAUCAUUCUUCCAGGCGUAGCAUUUACAAAAAAUGGCGACAGAUUAGGGCAUGGUGGUGGCUACUACGAUAGAUUCUUACGAACAAUUUGUGAAAAACAAGCAAAGCCUCCAGCGCUGAUAGCCGUAGGUUUUGAUAUCCAAGUUGUGGAUAGUAUACCAACAGAAGAAACUGAUUAUAAAAUAGAUAUGGUACUGCACUCCGAGUAAAGUUAUAAAAAAUGUUUUAUAUGGUUAUUUGAAUAAAACUGUUAAUU